AGAAGAAGAAGAAGAAGAAGAAGAAGAAGAAGAAGAAGAAGGAAAAUAAAAUAAAAAAUAAGGAAAAGUUUUGCAAAGCGUUAGCUAACACCUCCUCCUACCUCCACUUCCACAACCACCCCAUCCUACUCCUUCUACUCCUCCUCCUCUCUUUCAGAGUGUGUUUUUAAAAAAGCACCGUCUCAAAUCGUCUCAACGAGAGUUUACUGGAGGAAUAAAUAAAUAAAUAAAUAAAUAAAUAAAGGAAGAAGUGGAUAAGGGAGGAAACUAAGGGAGGAAGAAAAGGGAUCGAUCGUAGUUUAAAAAAACAAGGGACGUGCAUGUUUAACCGUGGACUAUGGCAAGGAUUUGUCGUAGUCGUCAGAUUAUCAUGAUUCUCGGCUACCUUGCUAUUGCCGUCGUCCUUGGACAGAAUCCUGUCGAUGAGAAGACAACCUUUGAAGCUGCUUUUCAAGGAAGAUGCGGGCAUAGAUCACCCUGCGAACAUCUUUGUUACGAACUUCACGACGGGAUGUAUGAAUGUGACUGCAGGGACGGAUACAUACUUCAUAAGAAUGGAUAUAGUUGUGCAGAAUUAAAUGCAACUUCACCGUCAACCAGUGAAUUCGGUGAGCUCGUAGAGGAUAUGGAAAGGGACGAAUUGAACUUGGAUACGGAAGACGAAGAAGAUGCAGUCGAGGAUAUACUUUAUAUGCGUGGUGCAUCCUUCACGAUACAUCUGGACCAACAACAACCGAACGAGAAUUCAACGACAAAUGGAACAAAAAUGACCGGCCAAUUCAAUGGAACGUCCGAAAGCCCAGACCCAAGUCUUUCCACUGCUCAGAUACAAAGUUCGACGGGAAAGUCAGGAACGAGAUCAUGGUUUAUGAAAGAUGAAAAUAAUAAUAUUAAUAAUAAUAAUAAUAGUAGUAGCAGUAGUAGUAGUAGUAGUAGUAGUAGUACUAUAGCAAGUACUGAAGCAAGUUGCACAUUGGAUUGUGGACCCGGGAAUUGUUUAAUCGAAGCAUCCCUCGAUGAAGAUGUUCACGUUCUACGAGUUACUGAGAGAAAUGGCAGUAGCAGUAGCAGCAGCAGCAGUAGCAGUAGCAGUAACAAGGAGGAUGGAUCGAUGACUAUGGAUCUCGAGGGCAACAACGUAGCUCUUAGGCAACAGAAGGAACCUAACUCCUUCAGGCAAAGGUGUCAAUGCCCUCUUGGUAGAGGUGCCGAUCGAUGUCAGCUUGAAGUCGAGGUGAGAUCACCUAGGUUUACGGGGUCAGGUUGGUUAGCUUUUCCUGCAUUAAGAGCGGCUUACAAGCACGUGCAAUUAGAGCUAGAAUUUCGUCCAGAAGCAUGGGACGGUGUAUUGCUACUUGCUGGUGAACGAGACGAUCUUCAAGGGGAUUUUAUGGCACUCAUUUUGCAUCAUGGUUUCAUCGAAUUCAGGUUCGAUUGUGGAAGUGGUGCUGGUACAGUUAGAAGCACACAAACUGUAAAACUCAACGAGUGGAACACAUUGAGCGUCUCUCGGCAUCGUUGGGACGCCUGGAUACAGCUGAAUCAGGAAAAACGUGUGCAAGGAAGAUCGGAGGGCUUAUUUUCGAGGAUUACAUUCCGCGAGCCCUUAUUCGUCGGUGGACCAGGAAACACGAGCGGUUUGGAGAGGUUACCAGUUAGAACAGGAUUCAAGGGUUGCAUCCGACAUUUGGAAGCGAACGAGCACCGUUACCGUUUUCCCUUAGCACCCCAAGGGGAUGCAGCUAAUGGUUUCGACGUUGAGGAAUGCACGGCAGAUAGAUGCAGCAAAGUGCCAUGCGCCCAUGGUGGAAAAUGUCUGACAACCGGUGGUGACACUGCAGUAUGUCUCUGUCCUCUUGGGUAUACCGGUGAUCUCUGUGAAACCAGAGUCGACCUUCAGGAGCGACAAUCCAAUACGUUUAGGUGAAUGGUUGGAAAUCAAAGUAUCAAGAACAGGUCGUUUGGCAUCUCUUAACGUUGAGAACGAACUAAUUCGAGAAAUUUUGGCACCGGGUGCAUUCACACAAUUAUUUUUACCCCUUAAUCUUUAUCUCGGUGGUGCACCAUCCCCCGAUCUAUAUUCUUUAAAACUUAAAACAACCAGCAGUUUCGUCGGAUGCAUUCAAAGUGUUAUUCUCAAUCGACGUGAGAUUGGUAUCUUGGCUGAGGCCUUGGGUGGUAUGAACGUUGGAAAUUGUGGUCACGCUUGCGAGGCUAGGCCUUGCGGAGAUGCUGAAUGUCGACCUUUGCGAGAUCGAUUUACAUGUCGAUGUCAUGCUGGUGUACCCCAUCCAUGCCCAAUUUUAGAUGAUUAUACGUUAUUAACGUCUGUGCGUGCUGGUACUAAUGUCAACCUGCCACCACCACCUACGAUAUUUCUAAAUUCGGUUCCUAGUUUCACAGGAAGUGAAAGUUAUCUUCAUUAUAAUGACGCCGACACUAUGAAAAGGAUAAUAAGUUAUAGAGUAGACAUUAAUAUGAGAUUCAGAGCAAGCAGCAGUAGUGGUUUAUUACUUUGGAGUGGCCGACAUUCGGAUCCACAAGAACAAAAAGACGAAAAUGACGAUUUCCUAGCACUAGGUUUAAAUCAGGGUUAUCUUACAUUGGCUUAUAAUCUUGGCUCAGGUGAAGCCAUUUUAAAAUACAAUCUUACAAGGCUGGACGAUGAUUUGUGGCAUCGUGUUCGAGCCGUCAGAAACGAACAAUGGGCAUCUCUCGUAGUUGACAGUGGUACAGGUGUGUCGGCAUCUUCCCCAGGUCAAUUAAGACAAUUAAACACCGACACUGGUUUAUAUGUUGGUGGUGCACCAGAUAUUAUUAAAACAACAGGUGGAAGAUAUACCAAAGGUAUCGUAGGGUGUAUCAGUGAUCUGAUAUUAGACUCGGAUUUAUCGGUACCAUUAUCAUCACCAGGACAAGCAACCAAUACGCAUUCGUGUAUUCCUUGAAAUAGAAUCCUACCGUUUAGAUUAAAAAUGAUUGGACCUUUCGUAGAUUAUAUCUAAAGGCUAUGAAACCAAAAACAACCAACAACAAACAAACCACAAUUUUCAUUACCGGAAAAGACUUUUACAAAAAUGAUUGCAAAAGAUAACAGAACGAGAUGACGAUCAUUGAUCAUGACCAACGACCAUUAUCAGAAUUAAAUGUCAUGGUCACAAGUAUUACAACAACCAUAAUGAAACUCUCUCUUUUUAUUUUCUAUGUUUUUAUUUUUAUUGCAAAUCUUAAGAGAGUUACCAUAAAAAAAGAAAU